AUUUCCGUAGUGUGAAAUCACCUACCUGCUUACUUACCACUGUUACCAGUAACUAGGAGUACACUUCUUCCUUGGCUCAUACUAGAGUCGCUAAAUCACACACAGCAGAAUACCUAUAGAAGCAAGCUAAGUGAAUCAACAGAAGCCAAAGCACGAACAUAUCCCGCAGUGUUAUAACUAUAGCAGCAUGAUAUACGUAGUGUCACAAUUCCAGAAUGCAUGAGGGUUUUGUAACAACAGCAUGUUUCAAUUCUGCUUGAGAAGCCUCUGUUCUUCGCCCAUCCCCGAGCACCCUGGUCGCUGCUGUCACCCCGGAUUCCUGCAUCUUAUGAUGGGCCUUGGCUAAGCUUGGAAAAAGCUUAACGAAAAGCUUGUCAGAACCCGAUCGCUCUGGAUUCGGAAAGUGGAUCGACGAAACCCAUACCAGGGACGCCAUCCCCAUCAAUGGCGCGAUCUACUGUAUUACCAGGUUUGAGGUAUUCGGGCAUCAUCCCACAGCCAGGGGAAUGAUGUGAUGGGCCGCGGAGCCUGGGGCCUGAGGCGGGCCUCCCUUCGCGGCUAUGUGGAACGGGCCUCGAGCUCUCCUGAAAACCCUGCGGAAAUACCGUAUGCCCGUACCGGCCUCGCUCCUCAACGCUGUUGAGAAGCAGGAAGAGCUUAUCUCAAAGCGAGAGCCGAGAAUACAAAAGGGGAUGGGCAAUGGCCCCAAUGCAGGAGGCUUCAGCGCCACCGCCGAAGGCCGGAAAGGUAAAGGCCAUGGCCGCAAAGGAAAGGGUAACGGUAAGGGCGCCGGUACCGCUCCGCAACAGGGGGCUGUAGCAAACAGCAACGGCACAGGUAUCGUGGAGAACGUGCCCGAGGCCAACGACGUUGAGUACUUGUCACCCGUCAACAUCGGCGGACAGGUCGUGAACCUCGACUUCGACACCGGCUCGUCCGACCUUUGGGUUUUCAACACACAGCUGAGCUCCGCCGCCACUCAGGGCCACGCACUCUAUGAUCCCGCUAGCUCCGCCAACUUCAAGCUCAUCAAGAAUGCUCAAUUCCAGAUCCAGUACGGUGACGGCUCAGGUGCCGAGGGCAUUGUCGGUACAGAUGUCGUCAACAUCGGUGGCGCCGAAGUCCAGGCGCAAGCCGUCGAGCUAGCCACCGCCGUGACCCAAUCCUUCGUCAACGACAUUGCCACAGAUGGAUUACUCGGCCUCGCAUUCAGCUCGAUCAACACCGUCCAGCCCCAGCAGCAGAAGACGUUCUUUGACAACGUCAAGUCCUCGCUGGCGGAGCCCCUGUUCACCGCCGAUCUCCGCGCCGGCGAGAACGGAGCGUACGAGUUCGGCCGCAUCGACACGACCAAGUUCACGGGCAAGAUGACCUUUGUCGACAUCGACAACUCACAGGGCUUCUGGCAGUUCACCAGCGACUCUUUCGCGGUCGAUGGUGGUAAUGCUCAGACCUCAGUCAAGGGUAACCAGGCUAUCGCAGACACCGGCACUACGCUUCUCCUCGCUGACCCUGCUGUUGCCGAGGGGUACUACUCGAAGGUUGAUGGCGCCGUGAGCGAUCAGCAGCAAGGUGGCUUCACUAUCCCCUGCAACGCCAAGCUGCCUGAUCUUCAGCUCUCUGUUGGUAACGCCAUGGCUACUGUCAAGGGAGCAGACUUGAGCUUCGCCCCCGUCGAUGCAACUGGACAGACAUGCUUCGGUGGUCUACAGGCCGGCGAGUCAGGCGGUCUGCAAGUCUACGGCGACAUCUUCUUCAAGAGCAACUUCGUCGUGUUCAACGGCGGGGACAACACCCUCGGCUUCGCGGCUCACUUCUGAUGUAUAUAGGCACAUACACAAACUAUGCAUAAGACGCAAAAAGGGUUUUCACGGGCGGGAUAAUAGGUCUGGACAUACAAUUAGACGUUGGACAAUGCGAUGAAUGAUUGGCUGCACUAUAUCGUUUUCCUUCUUGACUUGUCUGGGCGUCUGAAUAAUUGAAUGGCAAAUCUUACUCUAUUCCGUAUGUAAGAUGAGAUUUGCAGAGCGCGUGAUACUCUCA